AUGGGUGUCACCACAAUUUCUGAGGAAUAUACUUACACAAUUCCUACAGCAAGAUUGUUCAAGGCAUCGAUCCUCGACUCUCACAACCUGAUCCCAAAACUCAUGCCACAGGCUAUCAAAGGCAUUGAGAUUCAAGGCAAUGGAGGGGCUGGCAGCAUCAAACAGAUCAACUUUGCUGCAGGUAGCACGUUGAAUCAAUUGAAGUACCGAAUUGAUGAGCUCAAUGAAGAGACAUUCACUUACAACUAUACUCUAAUUGAAGGUGAUGCCUUGAUGGACAAGCAGAUUGAAUCGAUUUCUUAUGUGGUUAAGUUUGAGCCCUCUCUCAAUGGUGGAACUGUCUCUAAGAUGACAAGCAAGUAUUACACCGAAGGCGAUGUUGAGCUCGCAGAAGAGGGCAUUAAGGCUGGCAAGGAGAAGGCCAUGGGAAUGUACAAGGCUGCUGAAUCCUACCUCCUGCAAAACCCUAAUGCCUAUGCUUAAUUUUCUUGAG